UUUAAUGUUCCUCCUUCGACCGAAGAAGACCGACACGGAUGUUCCUUCCGAUCUCACGAGCGCAACACGGUGUCAGAGAACCCAGACGGCAAUCACACCGCUCUCGUUCGCCGACUUGUCGCCAUGGCAGUCUGCUUCCUUCCCUCUCCGAUGGAGGAUAAAGAUGAAGAAGUCACAUGUACAUGUGUGAACCCAAGUUUGGGGCGGCAUCUUCUGGAGAACGACACGGCCCAACUGUUGUUCGAUGGAAUGUCCAUGAGAAAAGAAAGUCUCCAGGAUCAGAGACUGCGAUAGAGUUUUCUGCAAGGGUUGCUGUCUCCCCAUUCUUCUUCUCAUAUACUACUGCCACCUUUGCUGAUUGCUUCAGCCACUCUUAACCUUACGUGCAGUGUCGUAACUCCUCAAAGGUUAAUCCAACGUAACCAUUCCCGGCCAUCCUUCCCUUUGAUGACCGCACGCAGAAAGAGACAGUAUGUGAGGAUGGUAUCAGCCAUCAGGCGUGUUGGGUUGGGUUUUGGAGUGCUGUGUCAACAUUGGCUCCCGCUGCCACCGUGAAAGAGGCCAUCAGAACGCAUGCAACAGGAUAGAGAUGAAUCAUUUAAUUGGAAUUUGAUCUAUCAUCAUUCCCGACGUCAAAGCUUCGAUCCAAAACCCAUUUCUAGAAGCCAUCCUGGUGCAAAAACCCCCUUCCUUCUAUCCACCAGCAAGUGAAGGUCUUGGGGAGUAGAAGAGAGGAGCAAGGCAUGGGCAACGCAGUGUGCGCCAAGGAGAAGAAGAAGAAGACAGCCAAGGUGAUGACGUUGGACGGCGCCGUCAUCCGGCUUAAGCCCCCGGCCGCAGCCGGCGACGUGCUCCGGGACCACCCGGGCCACUCCGUCCUGGAGGCCGACGAGGUCAAGCGGCUCGGCGUCCGCGCCACGCCGCUCGACUCCACCCAACCCCUCGAACCGGGGAAGCUCUACUUUCUGGCGGAGCUCCCCCGACCGCUGGACCGCCGCGGGCUGCGAAGAGCCUCCUCCGUCGUGGCCGCCGCGCGUGGCAGCGCCACCGACCGGCUGGAGAACCUGCGGCUCUCUCGGCCGCGGCGCUCCGCUUCGCUCGCCGUGGAGACGGCGGAGGGCGGAGGGGCGGUGCGAGUCCGGGUGCGGCUGCCCGCGGCUCGCGUGGCGAAGCUGCUCCAGGAGAGCGCCGACGGAACGGAGGCGGCGGAGCGGAUCGUGGAGCUUUAUUUGGCGGAGAAGUCACCGCCCGCAAGGAAGGAGAGACGAACCAGAUUCAUGCCUGUGGUGGAUGAGACAAGAAGGCGACAGGGUUCGGAGGACAGGAUGUAAGAGGACAAGCAGCAGAGUGUUAGGUUAAUGUUGUGUACAUAAUGGUGUGACAAACAUAUAAUGUUACCUGUGACAUUUCCUACUGUUCUUGACCAGCCCUUUUGCACAGACAUAUUAUUUCGUGCAUAUCAUAUGCAAACUUUUGUAAAGAUAUAUAUAUAUAUAUAUAUAUAUAUAUGCGUAUUUAUAUAUUUUCAUAA